GUCAAAACGAAAGUAGAUUUUCCCAUUAUCAUUGAAAGAGGAAAUAUAUCAUAAGGAAGUUCAGACCAAGAUAAGAAUGGGUCAGGAUAACUCCAAAAAUCAAACAAACAAUGAACUAUCAAAAUCACAAGCUGAAACAUGUAUGGAUGAUCACAUUUCUAAAAUGCAGGGAACAUCUGUUGAUCAGUCGCCAAAAUCAUCAGUACGUUUAAAGGUCAAGGACAACAACAAUGUGUCUUUGUCUCAACCAGUGGAACAAGUGACUUUGCCAGAAACAUGCGAUACUAUAGUCCCAGGAAUGUCUACAGGGCUACAUUAUACAAAGACAAAACAAGGGCCAGGAGACACGGAAGUCCACACAGGUCUACAAAAACAACAGCGUGUGGAAAUGGACACAGGAUUGCAGCAAAUGUCUGUUGCCAAUAACAAUGAGGCAACAGCAAAAUUUGGAACAGAACCUAAUUCAUCUGUUACUUCAGACACAGCCAAGCUAUAUAAUUCCUAUGAAGAGGAGGAACCAUUCAAGAAGUCAAUGUACAAUGUUCAAGGUGUCUUCCCUAGUCAUGAUGGUAAGGAAAGCUGGCAGGAUGAUGAUGAAUAUAUUUCAAAUAUAUUUCCACUUGCAUAUGAUGCCUGUGUCCAUCCUGCAUCACCUAAAGAUGAUGCUCCUGUCAAUCGUGUGUCACCUAAAGAUGAUGCCCCUGUCCAGCAUACUUUUGAUGAAUCAGUCGGUGAGAAGCCACUCAUUGAAAAUAGAAAGAUAUUAAAUCCAGAAUGUCAAGUUGAGCCAGCAACUACAUCUACCAUUCAAGAUAACAAGGGAGAUAAUAAUAAAAAUCAGGACAAGGACUGUGAUAUAUCGGCUACAGAACUGGUAACUGAUGUGAAUGGCAUCUCUCCCACAUUACAGGAGGCAUACACAGAGUUUCAGGCUCUUUUCAGUUAUGUAAAUGAUCUGAAAUUAUCAAACCGGAGUUUAAUGAAGAAACUAACUGAGGAACAGCAGAGAUAUAAAAAGACAUUUGAGGACUCUGAAGUUAAAGUGUCUGGUCUGGAGGAGUGUGUUAACUUCCUUGAAGAACGUGUUGAUCAGAGAGAAGGUCAGAUCAGAAAGUUAAAAGGCAUUAUACAAGUACUUCUUCAGAAAGUCUCUGUUCUUUCCUCUACACUUGAGGAUCUCCCAGGGAACAAUGGCCGGGGCCAGGAAUCUGAGGUAUCAUCAUCAUCUGAAGAAGAAGAAGAAGAAGAAGAAGAAGAAGAAGAAGAGGAGGAGGUUGAUGAGAAGGACUUGGAAAAAAAAUACAUGUUGCCCAAACCAAUGACCGACAAACCAAAGACUGUUGUUCCCAGCAAGCCUCAGUUGGGUUACCGCGGCACCAAAGUCACUACAGUCUCUGAUAAUCGGACUUACUGUACAGACGAAAUAUCAUCAAAAGUGUUAAGGAGAGCUGUGAGGGAACGGUCUAAAGCAAGCCUUAGGGUGGCAGGAAAAUCAACCAAGUCCUUGGACACUUCCUCAACUACAGGAACAAUACAUGAUCAGAAAGGUCGAAGGUCACAAACUGUUCAGAAGGAUAAAAAGGUCGACCAGUAUGAGACAACAAAAAGGGGAGCCGGUGUCGAGAUACCAAAAACCAGGGAACCAAAGACCAGGAAAAGAUCACCAAGACAAGUUCCUAUUCAGAAUCAAUUUAGAAACACCUUGACUGAAGUAACAAAUAUGACCAAGGAGCUGAGUGGUAACCCCAGGCCCUAUAGUAUGGACCUUAACGGCUGGAUAAGCGAGGCCAACAUCGAAAUUGUCAAAGGGUCCGAGUCAACUGCUCCUACAGGGCGUGGCCCAAAUGUCAUCCUGUGUCUUGAUAUCUCCGAGAGUAUGGAGGGACCACCCUUCCUCAGUAUGGUCCAAGGGGUUCUCCAGUACAUCGAUGGAGUGGAGAACAUUUGCAUAUCUCUGGGGUUCCAGAUCAAUAUUGCCAUUGUAACAUUUGGUCAUAAGACCGAAGUACUUCAUCACCUUACAAACGAGUUGUCAGUUCUCAGGGAAUCUGUCAGAAACUUAACUACAGGGGGCACAAGUCCCCUAACUGCGGCCCUCCUCCUGUCUACAGCUGCCUCAAUAGGACACGGCCGUCAAUUAACCACUGGUGGGUAUAUUCAGCGCCCCAGAAUCAUCAUCUUCACUGAUGGCCGUGCUACACUUGAGUCAAGACUCCUUGGGGAAGACAUACCAAUUGAUGGAGAUUUCUCUUAUGAGGUAAUGAGUAACAUGACGGGUGUGGUUGAAGACAUAAAGAAAAGGAAGCUGACUGUUUCCUAUGUACCAGUCGGAGAUUUUUACCCGAGAUAUAUGGAACAGAUAGCAGAAAUGACUGGAGGGAAGAGGUAUCCCAUGGAACAUCUUGAUAGGGCUAUCAGACACAGUAAAAACUUCGCUUUUGCUGUUAAGUUGUUGCGUGUCAUCAAAGAGGCAACAGGGGGCAAUCUGAAAGACGACCAUGCUAAUAGACUCAUUCUAACAAGUGUCGCUAGCAAUGACCCAUUUGUCACAAAAGAUGAUGAGGAGGACAUUUUGGAGAUAGUGAGUAAGGUUGAUGACCUUGAUAAGACAGCUGACAGUGACUCUGAUAAUGACGAAGGUCACAGGGAGUUGGAACAUGACAUGCUGCCCCUAGGGUCAAGGGUCAGACGAGGCCCAGACUGGUCCUGGGACAACCAGGACUCAAAUAUGGCUGGGACAGUUGUGAGCCAUAAGUCUGAUGAAUGGCUGUGGGUAAUUUGGGACAAUGGACACAGGAACCAGUACUGUUUUGGUAGAGGUGGAAAAUAUGAUGUCAUUCCAGUUGAUGAACCUCGUAUUCUCAAACCUGGAGAAACUAUCCAAAUAGGAUGUAUGGUCAAAAGAGGACCUGACUGGAAUAAUGGAAACAAAGAUGGCGGAGAAGGCAAUAUGGGAAGUGUAUUACAUGUGUACCCAAACAAGACAUUACUGGUGCGCUGGCCAAAUAAGGAGAUACUUGACCACGAUUAUGGCCGUAAUGGCAAGUUUGAAGUCACUAUAUGUGAUCCAUCAGAGCAAUUAGCUCUAAUGAUGCAGGCCUCCUAUGGAGGUGGUGCCACUGGUGGAGCCACAGCUGGUUCCACAGAUGGUGCCACAUGGGGGACAAUAGGAAGUGAUGAUAAAAGUAGUUCCACAAAAAAUCAUGAGAGGAAAAAUGCACCAGAGAAGGAAAAUGAUGACUACAUUUCAAAACUGAAUAGACUUAACGAAAGGAAUACAUCCUCAAUAAAAACGCUACCCUCUUCAGAAUCGUCGUUAUCAAAACCAUCACAGUCUGGAAAUAUUCCUAGGACGACACAGCAUAUGUCCUUAGGUGAACAGUCUUCCUCUGAGAGGGCUCAAUCAGAAAUUGCAGCAAAUGCAAGUUUACAUACAAAUGUGCCUCAUUCAGAAAAGUCACCAGAAAGUUCCUCAGCAGAACACACAGACAUACAUUCUACGGACCAUCCGUUUGGAGGCAACAACUGCAAUAUUACUGGUGUGUCACGUAAAACAGGUCGUAGUGAUGGUGUUACAGACAAUAUAACAGGUGUUACAACAACUCGUAUUGGUAGUGUUACAAUAAACCAAAGUCAUAACAGUAAUUCAGGAGGAUUACCAAACCUACCUCAUGGUGAUGACCGGAAAAACCUGUCCCACCCAGGGACGAAAACCGCUCCAACCCAAUCAAAGGGAGGAUCUCAGGAUAGAAAUACUGGUACAGAUGCUGCAUCAUCAUCAACAGAAGGACCUACAGAUGCUGCCGCUGAAACAGAAGGCAAGGUUUCCUGGCAGUACAAAGAUGAGUACGGAGGCUGGACCUACUACUCUGAGGAGAAUAGCGACAAGAUAGAAAAGACCUUCAAGUCAAAGAGAGGCAUGACUGUGAUUAACGGUGGCAAACACAGGAUCCUGUUGGCUAAAAUGAUGCAGGUCCACACCACAACCAAAAGUAUGACUGCUGUCAGACGCCAGGUCAAAUGAUUCAGUCUUCAAUGAAGCCAGACACAUGACACCAUCAUUUAGACCGUGGAUCCAGUAGGACACCCAGAUACGUGACUUUAUUAACCAUACAACAUUAUUACAUACUUCCCAUAACACACGUCGUAUCAGCUUCCCAUAUUCAUGACACUUGAUCCUUUUAAUUGAACACUAAAGGGAUCCCUGCAAGAAAACCACUUGGGCCUACAUGUACAUGCAAGGUGUUUUGUAAAAUGUAUUGAAGAACACAUCAUAGUCUCUGCACUUUACAGAGACAUAUUACUACUUACUGCAGCAACAUGGUACUGUUGUAAAGUCUGUAAGAAAAUGAAGGGAGUAUAACUAUGUCAGACAUCUAAAAAAAGUGUUUACACAAAAAGUUAGACAACAAGCUGAGAAACCAACAAGAAAACCAUUUGAAGCAAUAACCAGGUCACAAUAAGAACAGACCAAACUCUGGAUCGUCACUAAGAACACCAAGUAUUGAACUAGCUCCAACAGAUCCGUGGAUGAAGUUCUGUGAGAAUUUAUAAUCAAAUAACGAUUAUGGAACAAGAGUUAUGGAUCUUUAAUAGACAUUGAAUGUUGUGAUGUCACACUAUUACAAUAGAAUUGGUCGGCCUCCUCCUUUUGUAGUACUUUAGGGAUGAAUUUUGAUGAUGAUACACUGUAUGUACAUUCUGACAAAACACAAUUUACCUCUACUUACCCAGUUUUCUUAACCAUCAAUCACCCUGUCUACCUAAAGGUAUCCAGACCAAGUAACAAUAUAUCCACAUCUUAAGGCAAUUGGUGUUGGCUCUGUCCACCUCUAAGACAAUUGGUGUUGGCUCUGUCCACCUCUUAAGACAAUUGGUGUUGGCUCUUUUCACCUCUUAAGACAAAUAGUGUUGGCUCUAUCCACCUCUUAAGACAAUUGGUGUUUGCUCUAUCCAACCUCUUAAGACAACUGGUGUUCACUCUAUCCACCUCUUAAGACAAUUGGUGUUGACUCUAUCCACAUCUUAAGACAAUUGGUGUUGACUCUAUCCACCUCUUAAGACAAUUGGUGUUCGCUCUAUCCACCUCUUAAGACAAUUGUUGUUUGCUCUAUCCACCUCUUAAGACAAUUGGUGUUCACUCUAUCCACCUCUUAAGACAAUUGGUGUUCGCUCUAUCCACCUCUUAAGACAAUUGGUGUUGACUCUAUCCACCUCUUAAGACAAUUGGUGUUGACACUAUCCACCUCUUAAGACAACUGGUGUUCGCUCUAUCCACAUCUUAAGACAACUGGUGUUGGCUCUUUCUGCAUCUGAAGACAACCAGUGUUGGUUCUAUCCUCCCAUUUCUAUUUCCAUCAUUUUGAUUGCUAGAGAAGGUGACUCUCCUUUUGUCUUUUGUCAGCUAUGGGGGCUUUUGUACUCAGUAACAUUUUGUUUCCGGAUCAGUUUGUUUGAAAAAAAAAAUGAUUUCAUUUUUAAUAAAAAUCGUAUAUUUAUACAUUUUAAAUUGUAUGUUUAUACGUUUUAUAUGAAGUGAUUUUACAUGCAUGUAUUAAGUAGUUGAUGAAAUUCAUGCAUAUUAAUUUUUUUUUGAGAUAUGGUUAAGAAAUGUACUAAGUACAAAUCUGUCACUUUAGUUUGGUACUUACAUGUAUAAUGCAUUUCAAAAUUGCAGUCUGCAUUGAUUCUACUACCAAUUAGGCUGAUCAGGUGACUUAUCACAGACUCAGAUGACAUGGAAAUGUUGAUUUUUAUUGUCAUAUGAUAAUAAAAACAUUAUAGCCAUUUUAUUUUAGUUGAUACAUUUGGGAUUUAACAGAAAAAUGUCAUCCUUGCACUAGUCUUUAUCAUUGUACUUUAUCAAUUGAAAAUAUUUUUUCAUACAAUAAUUUUAGCUAAAGGCUAUUAUAAUAAUUGUAUCAAAACAUGAUGUAGAUUUUAUUUAUGUGUCAUGUGAUCUGAUGUAAGGUUUGUACGUAAGUAGAGGUAAACAUUUCUAAGUUUACAUACAUGUGCUAUGAAGUGUUCAUAAUUUAGUGAUAAUAUUUGGUAUAUUCCAUGCGUUUACUGUGAUAGAUGUGUUUAUAUAAUUUAGUGAUUUUAAUAAUAUGUUCUCACAAUAUAUUGGAUCUGGAGCUCGUAUUAGCCACUAAUUCUGUCAAAAUGUGUAUUAGUCACACAUUAUGGAUUAUGAUAAUUGAUUGCUGUUUUAGGUAUUGGUUUGUUUAAUUUAGUUUUUUAAAGAAAGCUUUUUUUAAAUAAAUCAGCAAAUUUCAUUCCAAAUGUUAGCCAAAAAACAAACUAUUGAUCACAAAUUUUAAUGGGUUUUUUUUUCAAAAUAUAGCAGUGAACUAAAAGAUAACGAUAAAAAAAUUGUAUAUGAGGUAAAUUUUUUGUUGACAUGCAUACAUGUAUCUUGUACAUUUUAUGUGACUUUAUUGAUAUCAACAUUUGUUUAUUUCAAGAAGAGCUGGUAGAGGCUUUUUAAUGGUAGGUAGACAUUAGUUAUUGGAUAUUUCAAAGUCCACUUUUGUUAUUACUUAAUCUUAAAAAGUCCUUUGUUAAGUAUUAUAUGCAUAUAUUCGUGGAUUUGUUGUUAAAAUCCCAAAAAUUAUAGACCUUAAUAGUUAUAUAUUUUUGUACCUUGAUUUUAUGUAUGUGACACUUACUAUACUAAAACAAGGUAUUUCUAUAUUCUUACAUUAUGUGCAAUUUUAUUUGUUUGAUCUGGAUCAUUUAAAGAUUUAUGUCAGUAUAUAUAAUCUGUACAUAAGACAUGUAAUGCACUAUAUAUAUAUAUACUGUAUAAUGGAGCCUCAAUAAUUCCGCCAUCCAGUUGUCUCCCUUCUCACAUGUAUACCGAAUCUGAAUUCCCUACUCCAUCCACCACAAAUCUAGUUUACCUGUAGCCCAAUACAAUCCACCCUGGAAACAUCCUCAUGGCCAGGAACAAAUCUGAUUUUCCAAUUACUAAGCCACCACUUUAACUUAUUUAAUCGUUCAUCUAUGCAGCAACUUCUCAUCUAAAUCUUGUAUAUAGCAUUGAUAUGAUUACCCAUUAUUCUAUCAAAACCCUGGUUAUGUAACCACACAAUAUCAAAUACCAUUUUAUAAUAAGUUGUAAAUGACUUUGAUAUGAGGAAGGUUGUAUGGAAACGACAACCGUUGCUUCCUUAGUUUGGAUAAAAUGACAGUCAGAUUUGUGGUGACUAGGACAAAAUGACAGUCAGAUUUGUGGUGACUAGGACAAAAUGACAGUCAGAUUUGUGGUGACUAGGACAAAAUGACAGUCAGAUUUGUGGUGACUAGAUCCACGUAUUUUAGUGUCUACGUGGGGAACUCCUUGUGUGUGUUUUGAUUGUCAAAGACUGUUCUAUUGGUUUUCAUGUCUAAUGUCAAUGGAAAGUGAGAAAUAAAUUGUAUUGCAUGAGUUUUUGAAUCUG